CUCAACUGCCAAGAACUGCUUUAGUUCCCUGCCGUCCCCGCAACUCCCAUAUAAACUGGCUUGAGUCCCAUCUUCUCGCCGGGACUUUUUGUUGCUGUUUCUCUUCAAGAGUCAUAUCCCUCGAAUAUAUUGCCAUCAUGAGACGACUUUCUUUGCUGCUGUUUGGUUGUCUCAAUGCCCUUGUGGCAGACGCCAGUGCGGCUGUUAACCGCUCGUCGCUUCUGACCUAUGCGUCCAAGCCCCGCGUCUUCGUCCUCUCGGAUAUUUCCAAUGAGCCCGAUGACACGGAAUCCUUUGUGCGCUUCCUGCUCUACAGCAAUCAGUUCCAGAUCGAAGGCAUGACUGCCGUCACGUCCACCUGGCUGAAAGACAGUGUGUAUCCCGAGCAGAUCUCGGCAGUGGUUGACGCAUAUGCCGAGGUGGUGGACAACCUGAAUCAACACACGUCACCGUCCUCCCCAUACCCCUCAGCGGAGUACCUCCACAGUGUUGUCAGGUCAGGCCCAGCUGUCUACGGAAUGCAAGGGGUUGGACCCGGCCAGAACCUCAGUUCGGGCGCAGAGCUGCUGCUCAACCGACUGCGCCAACCGGUUGAUGAACCCCUGUGGGUCCUCGGGUGGGGCGGUGUGAACGUGCUUGCCGAGACCCUGUACUACGUCCAGCACAACUUCAACGCGACCGAGGCGGCCCGUCUCCGCGGCCAGCUGCGCGUCUACACCAUCUCCGACCAGGACGACAGCGGCCUCUGGAUCCGUGAGCAGUUCCCCGACAUCUUCUACAUCGCCUCCAUGCACGGCUGGAACCAGUACGGCCUGGCCGCCUGGGCUGCCAUCUCCGGCGAGGAAUACUACAACUUCGACGUCGGUGGCCCGGACUUCACCAAGGUGUCCGCCGCCUGGCUGAAGAAGAACAUCCAGAUCGGGACCUACGGCAAGGAGUACCCAGACUACAAGUUCAUCAUGGAGGGGGACACCCCGACCUUCUUGUAUCUCAUCCAGAACGGUCUGGGCGUGCGCGAGCAGCCCGACUACGGAUCCUGGGGCGGCCGCUACUCCCUGGUGGACCUCUCGCAGCAGGUGAAGUACCGGCAAUACGGCGACGCCGCCGACCGGGUCAUCGGCCAGAACAACCGGACCUACACCUCCAACCACGCGGCCAUCUGGCGGUGGAGAGACGCGUAUCAGAAUGACUUCGCCGCCCGCAUGCAGUGGGCCCUCCCCGCCAAUGAGAGCCAGGCCAACCACCACCCCGUGGUCGUGGUAAACGAGCAUGCCGACCUCACCCCGCUGGUCAUCGCCUCGACGCCCAAUGCGACCGUGACGCUGGAUGCGUCCGAGACUUACGAUCCCGACCGCGACAGCCUCUCGUUCCGGUGGUUCCAGUACAAGGAGCCGGGCUCGACGGAUUGGAACGUGGACAAUCAGAUCCCGACGUUGAAUUUCACAGUUUCUGGGAACGGGCAACGCGUGCAGGUCACGAUCCCCGGCGCGGAUGUCGUGUGCGACGGCAAGAGUUCCAACGCCUCCGGCUGCUGGACCCUCCACCUCGUUUUGGAGGUCACCGAUCACGCCGCGAUCCCGCUGACCACCUACAAGCGCGUGCUGUUCGAAACGACGAACUCCACUCGGUUGGAGUGACUUGUGCAGGAUACGACGGUGUGGGAUGAAUAUGAGACUCAGGAUUGGGUGGAGUAUGACAUCGACUUGGAGGACUAUUGGAUCGGUGAUGAUUGGGAGGAACCGAUUGUAGGCCGCGAUUGCCCGUGUGGAAGGGGGCAUGGCGGAGUUUAUGAGAAUGAUGAGUAGAUAGAUUUCGAGGUUUC